CACACACACACACACAGAGAGAGAGAGAGAGAGAGAGCUCCGGGCGAACCAUCUGAUCUGACAUCGAAGGGUUAUUCGUUCAGAAAGACAGCAAUCAGCCAUUUUAGUCCUACGCGUAUAUGCCAAAAAACAACAAAGCUUUCAUGAGGCACAAAGGCAAAAGACCGAGAGUUUUAGACAAUAAUAAAAACCUGCUCUUUUAUUUACGCGAGUUGACUGUUUUCGCGCUGAAUUCUAGCAUGUGCCACAUGUGACGAUUACAGGAAUGUGGAGCAUGGGAUCACAACAGCCAUUCACCUGCAGCUUGGAAUCGUCUUGGGAGAUGACAGAUGGAAGCAUAGGGAGGAUCGAAGCCUGCAAAGCAACGUCGUAAACUCACCAUGGACCAGGGCUUCAGUUUCAGCACACUGAAGAAGUUAGCGGCCGAGCCGGAUCACACUGACGUCACUUUGCCGGCAGUGGAGCGUGUACGGGCCCUCAGUAAAAUGGGCUAUAACAUUGAAAUAAAUGAAGACAUCGCCCCGAGGCGCUACUUUCGCUCUGGUGUGGAGAUGGAGCGUAUGGCAGCUGUUUAUCUAGAGGAAGGCAGUCUGGAGAAUGCCUUUGUCCUCUACAAUAAGUUCAUCACUUUAUUUGUUGAGAAACUCCCCAGUCACAGGGACUAUCAGCAGUGCAACGUCCCUGAAAAGCAAGUGAUAAUGAAGAAAUUACAGGAGGUUGCUUUUCCACGAAAGGACCAAUUGAAGAGGCUUCUCCAUGAGAAAUACAACAAAGAACACAGUGAAUAUCUGAAGAGUCAGACUCAAGCCAUGGCUGUUGACGCGUGUGGUGAACGGCUGCAGAAGAUGUCUUUGAUGGAGGAGGAACGGCAACGUGUGGCACAGCUCAGGAAGAUGCAAAUCGAGUCCGAACAGUUUCGCUUCUUCGAGGACCAACUGCGUAGACAGGAGAUGGCCAGUCGCAGGGAUGAGGCUGUCCCCAAAGUGCCUGAACAAACCGACGGGUCCUGCUUAUCCCAGACCCCGAGAAACCAUGUACGCCUUGACCCCAAUCGUAACAAACCAGCGGCCCCCACCCCCAAACCAGCAGCCACCUUAGCAGCUGUACAGAGUCAGCGUGUGGAAGGCCUGAGGCGGGUUUUAAUCCCACGAGACCUGACUUACAGGUUCCUUUUGCUGGCUGACAGCAACACGGCGAGAGGAAUCGAGACAUGUGGUGUUCUCUGUGGAAAACUGACGCACAAUGAGUUUGUGCUGACCCAUGUGAUCGUACCCAAGCAGUCCGCCGGUCCUGACUACUGUGACAUGGAGAACGUGGAAGAGCUGUUCAGUUUCCAGGACCACCAUAACCUCCUGACCCUGGGCUGGAUCCAUUGUGCGCUUCACCAGAGAGUCGGAGUGGGUGAGUCGCUUGGGAGAAGAGAGCGGGCAAAUUCGAGCAAAAUGACACACCCGACACAGACGGCCUUCCUAUCCAGCGUGGAUCUACACACACACAGCUCUUAUCAGCUCAUGCUACCUGAGGCCAUCGCUAUUGUUUGCGCACCUAAACAUAAUGACACGGGAGUGUUCCGACUAACCAGUGCUGGAAUGGGAGAAGUGGCCGGAUGCAGAUUGAAAGGUUUUCAUCCCCACUCUAAAGACCCCCCUCUGUUCACUAUUUGCAAGCACAUUGUGGUGAAAGACUCGAAAACGACAGUUCUGGAUCUCAGGUGACAGAUGAAGAGGGGAAAUACUUCAGUAUCAGCAAACCAUUGAAAAUAUCUAUUUAUAUCUUUCUUUACUUGAAGGCUUUUUUGUAUUUAUUUAUUUUACAAAAAGGUACUGUGAAUCCCUCAGCUGCACAGUUUGCUGUGAGCAGGUUUAGUGAAGCUAUUGAGAUGUUCCAAUGGUGUUUUGUGUUUUUUUUUUUUUUUUUUACACCAUCAUCAUGCGCUUUUUGUUUGUGGCCAGGUGUUAUCAAAAAUAUGGUGGUCAGAUUGUACUUUUUAGUAUGAUAUGACUACUGUUUUGGUUCUUUGUCCUCAAGGUGGCGUCAUUUAUCAAGGCAUACUAUGAGGCUGCUAUAAUGUGAAUUGUCUUCAGUAAUUUUUAAAAGGAAGUUGUUUGUGAUUUGUAUUUGAUAUCCAUUGGCAUCACUUGCAGUUCUCACUGUAACACAAUAUACAUAGAAUAAGCGAUAUUUCUUUUUAAAACUAACUGAAUUUUCUAGUACAAAAAGAUGAUCAUGAUUUGCUACGAGAGUGAUUUUUAGGCCUUACUACAUAUUGUAUCAUUUUUAGUGAUCGAAUGGUUAAUAAUUAUGCUUUGUAAGGAAGUAAAUCUACCUUAUAAUAAUGCAACACAUACUUCAAUUCAGACUUUCAGUGCAGAGACCAUUUCAGGCACACAAAAAAAUACAUUUUCCAUCUUCAGCCCAGUGACGCAAUACGAAGUCGGCCAAUGAGCUGACUGUUACUUUACAAGUUUUUUUUUUUUUUUUUUUCCUACAAUGUGGAUCAGAUUACAAGUGAGUUUGAAAAGCAUAAACAAGAUUGGGAUCUCUUAGCCCACACCAAAGAUCCCAUUACAGAACAAGCAAAUACCUAUAAGGGCCUUGACUGCAUUAAUCUCAGGGUACCAUUCCCUCAUUUUAACUGCCUGAUUUUUGUCUGCACUACUUUUAUGGUUUGAGAAUAUUUCUUUUAAUGUCAUCAGCAGAUGAUGAAAUUUCAUGUAUGAUGACAAGUUAUGAUCUUAUCCAUGCAGUUCUGAAAGUACAUCAUGUUUUUCUGGUACAGUGUGGCAUUGGAUUGUUUCUCCAGUGUGUGGCUGUGAGCCAGUGGCGUUGUGCACAGUAGAGUACAAGGAGGAUUAUGUGUUUGUACAUGCACCAUUUCUUUCCGCUCCUCAUUUGUUAAUAAAAUGGGGGUAAAAAAAAA